CUCUUGUUUAUUCAAAUUAGAAAUAAUACUACGUAUAAACUUGCGUAGAUGUUAAUAUUUAAUUGAAUAAAAUUAAUUGCAUGAUCGAUGUUAUGAUUUAAUUGUACAUAUUAUAUACGCCAAUGCAUGCGAUGAAAGCGACAUCUCAAUUAAUUCUUGGAAUUAUUCAACACGAAUUUAAUAGAAACAUGUAGCGGAAUAUUUAAAAAUGGCUACCGAUUCUGAGGUUAUGUUUUCACGCGAGACUGAUAUAAUUGAACAAUCAAAGAAAGAAGUGAUAACGUUAACCAAGGAUAUCGAGAAAGAAAAAGAAAAAUUUUACGCAGCAAUUUUCUUAAGUAGUGUCACCGGUUUGUCUGCACUUAUCGGUUUUGGUACAACACUAGCCUCAGCAAAGAAAAAAGAUCCAAAAUAUUUCAAUGAAGGACUAGGUGGAUCGAGAAGACUACAUGAAACUGGAGUUUCCUUGGCAUUCAGAGCGCUUGGUUGGGGUACAUUUUAUGCAGUAACAGGAUGUGGUCUUUUAUUUUAUGGUAUAUGGAAGUUGUCAGGUGCAAGUAAUGCUCAAGAAUUUAGAUACAAAAUGGGAUCAAUAUUGCCUAAGAUUCCUAAAAAUGAUCCACCACAAAGUAGAACAGAGUUUGAAGGUUUAACUGAUCUUCUUACAUAUAUUGCAGAAGAUUGGGGUAAAAAGAAGGACUGAGAAGUACUCUAUGUUUAUUUAGCAAAUUGAAUUUGUAACGUUAGAAGAAUAUUGUACAAAGUGAUAUAAUAUACUAUAAAGACUAUACCUAAACUCUACUAACUAUAGUUAAAUAACUGAAAGUUAAAAAUACGAUAAAUGAACAAUUUCAAUAAUUUUUUUUUUUUAUUAAAGUAUAAUUGUAUAU